CCAGUGAAAGUUACUAGUUAAUAUUUUAAUGGUUGUGAAACCCGUUUGACAAGGUAUGUGUAAUCUGCGAGGGCCGAAUGGUCUACUUUGGGCCUGCAAAAGAGGCGCGCCGGUGUUUCACGGACAUGGGUUAUAAACCCUGCCAAAGACGACAUCUGACUCAUUUCCUUCUUUCUUUCACUGAUCCAGAUACAAGCACUCUGUUUGAAGGGACAAUACCCAGAACGGUUGAGGAGAUGACCGUUCACUAUUGCGACAUCUAUGUGGGCAAACCGGAUGCCAGUCAGGGCGGUAAUAGUCUGCCGUGUUCAAACAACCGCCCGCCACGACUCGUUAUGUUCUGUCACGUGGUAUUUCCCUUCUCGGGCAGUCGCUCUACCACCCCGAACGUCUGUUUGCUGUGUUGACUGUGAUCCUAUUAUUACUGUACAUCAUCCUUCCUUUCAACC